AUAGUGCGUCUGUUGGACGUCGCCAACUACCAAAAACAACAGACUCGUCAGCGUCUUGCUCAUCCCAAGGUUGUGGAUAGUUACUUCAUCUCUCGUGAAUAGCUUCCAUAUGCCAUCUACCUAGCUGCAGGAUUCGCCAUGGCAGAAUCAAAACAAUCCAGUCACUCACCGUGGCUUUUGCGUGACAUUUUGCAAAAGCACUUCAUUCAACUGCUUGAGCUGGAGGCUGGCCCAAAACCAGAUCUGAGAGAUGCAAAGAAACCUGAGGCGGAACUUUCUAGCGCCAACCAGUCGGUGCUGGUCGCAGUUGCCGCCUUGCUGGAAGUCGAAAACUUGAGGAAAGUGGCCAAUCGGGUCUUCACUCCAUUUUCCGGACGUGACCAAUAUGGAAAUGAUUCAUUUUUGUCCUGCCUGCACGCUGUGCGCGAAUUACCAGCGGGUUACAACAGAGGCUACCCACGACCCCAGACGACCUCUAUUCUCGAAGAAGCGCUGGAAAAGCUGGAGAUAGAAAAACACGGCGUGGCCCUCUUGGUCUGGCGGCAAUUAUCAGCAGCAACAUCGCGAUUGCCACCACCGGCUCUGGAUGCGCACCCAGCUCUUCAGAGUGUGGAGAGAAACUAUACGGAUCUGGGCACUGACCUAAAGGCAGCCUUGGCUUCCCUGUGUGCCGUUGACGAUGAAACAGGAUCCGAGCCAGAACUCCCGAUGGAUACCGGCAGGGAGUACAACUUGCCUGUUGCGCCGGCACAUGCAAUUUCCCCGCCUGACAGUGGAGACGAACACGUCCCCUAUAAGCACAACAUACCCGGAGCAGAUGUUGAAGAACCGGAAGAGGAAGAGAAGGAGGAGGAAGGCAGUGAUGAAGAGCCCCACGAACCAGAUAUCGCUCUCCGUGACGAAGCAGCGUUGCCAGUUGUGCAUGCCGUGUUGGCUCAGGUGCAGUUGGACGAUGAUGAGAUGGCAGUAACAACCACCGCUGAGGUUUGCUCCGAGGACAUUCCAGACGACGAUGCUGUACUUUUGUACUGCCUGCCGUCACCAUCCGUCUCAGCCGAAGCUCGAGAGGAUUUCAUGGACCCGUUCGAUGACCCAGAGUUCCAGCUAUACGGCCGGCACGAGCUGACUGAAGCAGUGCUGAAUCCGGUGUUGCCACCACCAGGUGGUCGACCCAGAGGACAGUCCGCACCAGCAGCACUAUCGCGCCCUGUCCAGAUCUCCAGGGGCGAGAAAGAUGCCGAACACCGGGCGCUGAUGCAGUUCAAUGACUUCUCUUACCCGAUGCCGAGCUUCUGGCAAACGGAGGAGCGAUGCAAGAACAGACGGCGUGCAGGAACGCACCCGGCCUCGCGACGUGAGAUGCGUGAUCGGUGGGCAGCAGCAAGGCGCAGGGGUUGCUGUGAUUACAGUAGCUACUAUUUCCGACGUGGAAUCAUCAAGGACGGUGGCGGCAUUUCAUCCUCAGCAUCUGCCGCCGCGAGGCAGCCACCAGCAGCAGCGUGCCGCCAGAUGGAGCGCAACAAAGAGGCGCACGACGUCAUCUCGCGGCGUCGUGCUCGUUCACUCGGGCAGCAGCCGUUAGACUGUGCAAGUCCACUUCACUUGGAUGUCCGCUCGGAUCAGCGAGCCUUGUCGCCAAAGCCAGAGGAAAGCGAGGAGUUUGAGGAAGACGACUGCAGCGAGGAAGAGCUUGUGCAGGAACUAGGCACGGUUGGUUUCGCUCUGGGGCAGAGGGCGGCUGAGCCCCGGGAGCAGGUGCUGGAUGGAGCGCUGCGACACAAGACUAUCGCACUGGUCGGUGUGAGUAACGCAGAGGCUAGCACCAUGCCUGUACCACCGACACCAGAUGCUGCUAUGUACUCAUCGGCGUCAGAACCGCCUCUGCCCGUCACAAUUACCGCUUCACCUCCACCUCCAUCUGAAGCAGCGGUGCCUGCGCCUUCAUCUGCCAUGGCGGCAUCGGCGCCCCCAUCUGCAAUGACGAUGUCUGCACCUCCAUCUGCCGAGGCGUUGCCUGUACUUCCAUCUGCUGAGGCGUUGCCUGUACCUCCAUCUGCUGAGGCGUUGCUUGCAUCUCCAUCUGCAGCCGUGGUGCCUGUACCUCCAUCUGAGACGGCGGCGCCUGCCCCUCUUCCCGUAACAUCCAGUGCUACCGUGUGCGACCCCUCUAGCCAUGCUUCUACUCAUGCUGUCCUAACUAGUGAAAAGGCGAAAAGUGCAACCAGUGGAGAAAAUGCUGGUACGGGCGGGCCUGCACUGGCACCAGAAAGCCCAGUGGGCGAGAAACCCACGACUACUGAACCAACGUCUCACACCAUCUCACCGUCGCUCGGUGUGGAUGUGGAUGCUACAGCUCCGGCGGCGGCAGCGGUGGCAACUGCCGCAGCAGCAGAAGACAGUGGAGGGGAGGGGAGCCGCUACAUCUCUCGCCUCGGCUCAUUCCAUAACAUUGACCCCGGUGACUGCGAGACCAUUCCCAAUAUCCAGGGUAAGCAAGGCAAAGACUUCCUUCGCCCGGAGAUGAAGGCAGAGCAGAAGAAUGAAAGAGAAGACGCCAAGAAAGAGGAAAAGGAACGCAAGCCGAAGAAGAGAGAGGAGGAAGAGAGGCACGGAUGGCGGCGAAAACGCAAGAAAGGCUAGGCCGGGUUAGGGCAUGUCGAACAAGUGACCGCACCGCAACGUGGAUGCACAAGCACAUUGUCUGUCGUUGUCGCAAGUUUACGUUUCCGCUGUAUAGCGUCUCGGUAUAGAUGGUAGUCAAGCUGAGCAAUGGCCAUGCAUGGUGUUGCGGACAUACGUAAUUAUAAGAAAAAAUACGUUCCUGUUGAACUGCGUCACUGAGCGUGUUUUGAUCGGAUUCUCUAUAUCUAUUUUGUAGAUUGCGUCAAGCUUGGGAACACGAGUAGUUGAUAGUUUUUAAAUUUUCGAUUUUCCUGUGUACAACACCCAUGGCAAUUUAUAGAAAAUGAAAGGACCCAUGGCAAUGUGACCUUUUUCUACUAGCGCUAUUGCCUACAUGGUAAUAGGAAAGUGACAUAGGGAAAUAAUAUAUAAUUUAUCAUAUUAGGACAUCGAGAAUCUGUACUGUAGACCUUUGGCUAAUUUAAUAAUAACUUUAGAGAUAUGGAAAAUAGGAUAUUGUGCACCAGCUAGAAAAAGAACUUCCAGUCUGGUACUUGGACUUUAAUGUACUUAUGUCCUUCUCUGCUCAACAUGGAUAUUAUAUGCGUUUCGAUAAAAUUCAAA